CCUUUUCUCUGUGGCACGAGGAAACAAGCCUUUAAAGACUGAAACUGUCACCGAUUUAGAUCACUGCUCCUUGACAGCUCAGCUGGACCGAGGCCUUGUCAUGUCGGGCCACUACAGACUGGCGGCAGCUGUUCUUCUGCUGAUUCUCAAUGAUCAAGCUCACACAGGGAGAAUCAUUGGCGGCCGUGAGGCGGUGCCACACAGCAGGCCCUACAUGGCCCUUUUGGAGAUGCUCAUGCAGAACGGCCAGACAAAAUACUGCGGAGGUUUUCUUCUCAAUGAGGACUUUGUGAUGACCGCGGCCCACUGCCAAGCCAAGUCUUACACUGUCUUACUAGGAGUUCACAAUUCCCUAAACAUUCAUGAGAAAAGGCAGAACAUAUCAGUGGAGCAAGCUUUUCCAAAUAGAAACUACAAUAAGAACAGUUUUAAUAAUGAUAUAAUGCUUCUCAAGUUGAGCUCUAAGGCUCAGUUCAACGAAUAUGUGAAACCCCUCGCCCUGGCCGAGAGGGAUAACGGCUCUCUGCCUGAACAAUGCAUCGUGUCCGGCUGGGGAAGGAGCCACAAGGACACCAUCUAUCUGUCCACCGUGCUGUUGGAAGUUAACGUGACACUGAUUGACUAUAAGCUGUGUACUAUGGAGCGCUUCUACUGCUCCCAGGGGAAAACAGGGCCUGCUGAGGGAGACUCUGGGGGUCCGCUGGUCUGUGAGGACGGAAAGGCCUUCGGAGUGGUGUCCUCCAACUUCAAGCCGAGCUCAGGAGGUCCAACCAUAUAUCGCUAUGCUAAGAUCCCCGAGAAUAACGGCUGGAUCAAAUGGACCAUGACCCAGCAUGGAAGCAUACAUUGAUCCAGUCACAGUAUUACAGUAUUGUAACAUAUGCACUGGUUAUGAGCUGAAAACUAAAGUACUUCCAUUUAUCCUCACCACUCUACAUUUAUUAUUUCAUACACAACUGAUCCUUUGGUUCAUCUGGAGCCUGUUUUUUAUGGUACACAAAUACCAAACAGCUUUCAGGUUCAAUUCAUACAAAGUCAAAAACUAAUUACAAUGUGAAUCACAAAUGUCCUGUCCACUCAUGAUCCUGCCCUUCAAUGUGGCACCAACCUGUAAACGUUACAUAUGCAUUUUAUUCUUACCUAGAACAACUGAGAAAGACUCAACUGUAGGUGUGUUUUAUAGCAGCAGUAAAUAAAUCCUUCUGUCAGGAU